CUGAUUGUUCUGUUGUUACUUAGUCUAUCUUAUAUUGUUGCUUUUACUUGAUCUUUGUCUUGUGUUUGACGUGAAUGACUGUUUAAAUAUUUUGCUGCCGUUCUGUUUGUCUAAAAACAUAACAGUUUAAUUUUCAGUCUGAGAUUCCGUGACCUUCAUUCGAGAAGGUGAAAAGUGAUCACUUAUAAAACCCCAGACAGGUGUCCAGCAGAUGUGAGGGCAUUGUGCAAAUCUCUUCUAUUCUCAACAGCUUCCCACAGCAUCAUUUCAGGGAACAAAGAUGAAGUGGUUAAUCGUCUCCCUCAUCUGCAUUCAACUGUCUGAAGGUCUUUACAGAAUGCCUUUGCAUAAGGGCAAGUCUGUCAGACAGAUCCUGAAGGAACAAGGGAAGCUGAAGGAUUUCCUGAACACUCACAAGUAUGAUCCUGCGUUGAAGUACAAAGCUUUGUACCCAGACUACCAAGGUGAACAAGGGUAUGAACCACUUCUCAACUCUGGGAACAGUUUCUACUAUGGAUCCAUUACUGUGGGUACCCCUCCCCAGAGUUUCACAGUGCUGUUUGACACUGGUUCAUCCAAUCUUUGGGUCCCAUCUAUCUACUGCAGCAGUGCUCCAUGCGACAACCAUGCCAGAUUUAAUCCAACUCAGUCCUCAACAUAUAGAUCCAGUCAACAAACCUUCUAUAUGUCAUAUGGCUCUGGGAGUCUAUCUGGAUUUUUUGGAUAUGAUACAGUGAAUGUUGCCGGCAUAUCAAUUCCCAACCAGGAGGUGGGUCUGAGUGAGAACGAACCAGGCAGCAACUUUUACUACGCUCCAUUCGAUGGAAUCCUGGGCCUGGCCUAUCCAGCGCUCUCAGUAGGAGGUGCCAUGCCCGUGUUUGACAGUAUGCUGAGGGACAGGCUGGUUGCCAGAGUCUCUGUUUUUCUGUCUAUUUGGGCAGGAAUCCAAAUAGUAAUGACGGAGGCGAAGUGCUAUUUGGAGGAAUCGACAGCAGUCUGUACUCAGGUCAAAUUUUCUGGGCUCCAGUCAUUCAGGAACUGUACUGGACCGUUGCUAUCGACAGUGUGCUUAUCAACGGGCGGUCUGCCUUCUGUUACAAUGGAUGCCAAGCCGUAGUCGACACAGGGACCUCCCAAAUCACUGUUCCAAAUGAAUACUUGAGGCCAUUUUUGGAGGAAAUCGGUGCCUCUGAGAAUGAAUACGGAGAGUUCAUUGUCAACUGCAACAACAUUGAAAAUAUGCCUCCUUUGACCUUUGUAAUCAAUGGAGCUCGUUUCACAAUUCCUCCAUCUGUAUAUGUCCUUCAG